UCCCAAAGUUUCUUCAAAAUUUGACCCUUUUUCUAAUAGGACUUUGGUCCGUCAUCUUAUUCAGUGUUGAAAAUUACAAACCUUCCCAUAUCUUCUUUUGACACCUCUUUAAGCAAUACUAGGCCUAGUGCAGUGCAUAGCAUACAUUAAAUUGCCAAUUAUACGAGUUCUCAAACAACAUGGAUUUAGAAUCAAUUUCUCCCAUGAAAAGUCCUCCAAUUAAUUUGCAUUCUUCUUCUCAUUCUAGUUUUCCAAUUAUUGCCAUAGCUAUUAUAGGCAUUUUUGCUACUAUUUUCUUGCUAGUCACUUACUAUGUUUUUGCCAUCAAAUGUUGCUUGAAUUGGCAAAGGAUUGAUCUUUUGAGGCCAUUUUCAUUUUCAAGAAGUCGAAAUAUUGAAGACCCUUUAACGGUUUACUCACAAGCAGUGGAAAAUCGGGGACUGAACGAAUCAGUGAUUCGAUCAAUCCCCGUUUUCCAAUACAAGAAAAGGGAAGAGAAAAAAGAUGAUUUACUACUGGAAAAUACAACAACUUCUUGUGAAUGUGUUGUUUGUUUGAAUGAUUUUCAAGAAGAUGAAAUGCUAAGAGUCAUUCCAAAUUGUGCCCAUAUUUUUCACAUUGAUUGUAUUGACAUAUGGCUACAAAAUAAUACAAAUUGUCCACUUUGUAGAACUAGCAUCUCAUUAUCAAAAAAUACAACAAAUUCCCCAUUGGAUCAAAUCAUCACUCCUCAAGAUCAAGACUAUGUUGUGAUAGAAAUAGGGAAUUUCUCAUUUAGUCCUUCUCCAAGAAAAAUUGAACCAAACAUACCAAAAAAGAAAGUCAAAAAUUUGAGUCAUGUUUCAAGUAUGGGAGAUGAAUGCAUUGACAUAAAUAGGAAGAAAGAUGAAGAAUUCACAAUUCAACCAAUUAGGAGAUCUUUCUCAAUGGAUUCAGCGUCGGAUCGACAACUUUACGUAGCAGUUCAAGAGAUUAUGCAGCAGCAAAGGCAAGUUCCUAAUGUUAGUCCUAGUGAAGGUAGUAGUAGUAGUAGUAGUAGUAGUAGAAUUAAAAGAUUUUUUUCAUUUGGGAAUGGAAGAGGAUCAAGAAAUGCAGUUUUACCAGUUCACUUAGAGUCAUAG